AUGGAAGAACUUUUGGCAAGACGAAUUGCAUCACUUUCACUGAAUCAAACGCAAUUCAUUAGUGACAACUCGGAAUUAAAAAUUGCAUACUUUAUUGGAAGUUCAUUGGAUGGAAAGGAUAUCACAUGGAAGAAAUUUGUGGAAAAAUUAAAAGACAAUUUUUCGAUUGUUCAAGUGACAGGAGAAAUGAUUGUUAAUAAUUGUCUCAUUGAUGAUGAAUUUGAUGUAUUAUUUAUGCCUGGUGGAUACCCAUCAGAACAUUAUAAAUUAAUUGGUGAAGAGGAGGGCAAGAAAAAAGUGAAGGAAUUUUUGUCACUUCCAAAUAAGGGAUAUGUGGGAUCAUGUGCUGGAGCUUAUUGUGCUCUUGCUCAAAGUUCAGUUGAUGGCUUUGAGAAGCUUCAGGAAUUUGUUCCAAAAACAUUAGAUUUACUCGAGGGAGUAAUUGUCAAAGAUCGAGAACAUCAUAUUUGGAAACGAGGUUUUGGAACUAGUAAGGUGACACUCACUGAGCUAGGUCAGAAAUUUUUCAACGAUUCCAGAUCAGAAGUCAACAUGUUCUUUCGAAAUGGUCCAAUUCUUCACGUCACAGAUUCUUCAUUGUGUCAAGUCCUCGCAACCUAUUCAUGUGAGUUUUUGACACAAAAAGAAAUUCAACAAGGAUACAUGAUAGGCAGCGCGGCAGCAGUGUGUGGAAGAUUUCAAAAUGAUAAGGGUAGAAUUCUCUUGUUCUCAGCGCAUCCUGAAACCUCUGGUGAGGACAUGAAUGCUCUCUUGGUACAUUCGUUUAGGCAUGUCGUGAGUUUACAAAAAGUCUGA